AUGAACAUUGUUCCUGAUAUGACAUCACCCUCGUGCUCGGAUGAUUCAGCAAUAGAUGCCUUAUCGGUGCCGCAGGCAGCAAUCUCACCUGAUUCAAUUGCUCUUCUCCGCACGCAAACUUCCCAGCAGCAGCAUCUCCUGCAUCGAUGCUCUCCCGUUGCUACACGAGGUGUUGACUAUUGCACAUGGUCCCAGAUUAUUGCUGAACACCAUUGGUUCCUCAAAACUUACUAUUUCCUCCUCAAAUUGGGGUAG